AUGGCGGAUAGUCAGCAGCAACCCAGCCUGGCGAAGCGAUCCAACAUCGCGAUUCGACUAUGGAAGAAGCUCGACAUAGCACCGGUCAUGCUUCUCCUGGCCGCAAAGGGUGCUCUGCCGGCGACGAUAGCACUGGCAGCAUAUCAGGGAAAGGGGUGGGCUGAGAUUUAUACCACACUGGGCUAUCUUGUUGCGAUCAUUGGCACUCUAAGUCUUUGCUUUCAACCAAGGGCGAAGUACCUUCAGAUGCUCAUCACAAAUGUAUUUGCGGCAUGUUUGGGAGCGGCUCUGGUGUUGUUACAGGUCCGAUGUGUGGUGUCUGCUCGAGCCUCUCAUCCUGCCGGUAGUACAGGCCAGUCAGGUGCACCGGAAGCGCCAAUUUACGAUACAUCAGCAAACACGACUUCUGCCGUCUUUUUGAUGUUUUGGGUGUACCUGGCCAACACGUUCAAAUCUGCUCGCCCACAGCUGAUGAUUUCAAUGAUACAGUUUUCUAUUUUCGUGGUUGUAGGCUCGAUCUACGCGCCUAACUUUCCAACCAUGGAAGCUGGUCUAAUUUUUGUUCGCCGACUGCUCAUCACUUUCCUGACCGGGUACGCCUUAGCCACUGCGGUCUCAUUGUUUAUUAUCCCAACAACUUCGAGGGGCAUAGUUACCAUGCAGAUGGGUGGGUUCACCAAGUUGCUCGGUGGCUGCCUCCAGGCGCAUGGAAACUACAUGAGGUCCGUCCGUAACACUAUUGAUUUCAAAGGGGAAGCAAGUCCAGAAGAGAAAGCAGCAGCUGGGCAGCUCAAAGGCUUGCUGGGAAAAACAAACGAGCUAAUGGGCAAGAUGAAGCUGGAGUUGACAUUCGCCCGUCGGGAGAUGGCAUUUGGGAAGCUACGGCCAGAACACUAUUCAAAGAUCUUUGCAGACUUACGGGCUGUGUUCUUGCCAGUCAACGGUAUGACGACUUUCCUGGGCAUUGUCACAUCUCUCCGAGAGCACACAGUCACGUAUGCCGACGAUCCAUCUUUGAAAGAAGCAUUGGCAGUUGUCAAGCGCCUAGAGGCUGAUGAGUGGGAGGAAGUUAUCGCUAUCUCAAAAGAUGCAUAUGCCGACUACCAGAAGGCUUUGCUCGCAGGGCUCAAACACGCCGCAUUACAGCUCGAGUUCGAGAAGCGCCCAAAAGUGAAAGGCAACGCAGACAUCGAGAAAGACGCAGACCAGAUUCCGGCGCCCGGCACCAUGACCUUUGCUAGACAUCUCGAGGAUGAGCUCUCCAAGUUCGCAGAGCAUCGGGUUGCGAUCAUCCAAGACUGGGCAAAGGCGAAGAAUUUGAAUAUCCCAAAGCAUUUCUGGCGCAACGUCGUUGAGAGGCCAGGGAUAACGAGAAUGAAGACUACUAUGGCACGGGAGAAGAUCAAUCAGCAUCAACUAUACAUGAUGCUGUAUCUCAAUUUUCUCAACAUCGCAGUUGGACGCGCUAUUUUGAAGCUCGUCCGCACCGCAGAUGGCUUAGUGGAAGACGGCACGAUGAAGAAGCGACGAUUCAUCUUCCCAAGCUGGACGCGAAUCAGGGAGCUCUUCUCAGCAGCUGUCUUGCCUCAAGACGCGCAAACACUGGCAACCGACGACAAUGGAGGUAACAACAUCUACCUUGCGAUGCCUUCCAGAAAAAGAAAAAUCCGGAGCACCUUCCGCCAACAAACUUCUACGAGAAAGCGACCGAUCACAUCAGAAAAAUACCAGCCUUUCUCCGCUCCAGCCACUCCCAGUUUGGAAUUCGCGCUGCCCUUGCAACGAUCUCAAUCGACACGUCCCUUCUUCCUUGAACAGCGUGGUCUCUGGGCACUAGUUAUGGUCGCCAUCAGUAUGGACCCUCAUGCUGGCCAAGGUGUCUUUGGCUUUGUCCUCCGCAUUGCCGGCACAGUGGUCGCAAUGGUCGCAUCCAUCGCCAUCUGGUACGCAUGCGACCACAAAGCAGCAGCCAUAAUCCCUGUCUUCUGGGUGUACAUGACCUGCUGGAAUGCGGUCCUGCUCAAGCGAAUGGACUUAUCAAUGAUAAGCAUGAUCAGCAGUAUAACUGUGAUUCUCAUCAUUGGCUAUGAACUCCAGGUUCAUGUCAUUGGCUUGAAAGCCGCGACAAGUAACGGUCAAGCAUUUUACUCGAUUGCCUUGCUGGCCGUGUAUCGACUUACCGCUGUCUGCGCCGGCCUGUUCGCUGCAUUCGUGUGGACAUACUGCCCCUACCCUAUCACCACACAUGGAGCUCUGCGCAAGGACGUCGGCUCUACGCUGUACAUCCUUGCCAAUUACUACUCCUGCGUUCACACCACUAUGGACGCACGCCUCCACCUCGGUCCUGCGGCGAGUGGCUUGCCUCCAUCUCACCCAAUAUCGAAGCUCGACGCAGCACGCCUCAAGGUCUUUGGCAAGGUCCUCUUGAUGAUAAAUCGACUGCAUACGCACUCGAAAUUCAUAGCAUUCGAGCCACCCUUUGGCGGCAAAUUCCCCCGCAAGGCCUAUGCCGACCUUAUCAGCAGUAUGGAAAGGAUAUUUGCCUACAUUUCACUAAUCGAGUACUCUUCGAACGCGUACAUCCGCACGGCAGACGAGAUCCGCCUGUCCCGCGCACCGACCGAAACUGGCACCGCCGCAUCAACGUCUAUCUCAAAUGCCGUAACCCCAGAGGCCAGCCACGAACAAGCCCCAGCCGCCGACAAGGACAUCCUCGAGAAGAACGACAAAGACUCUCACUCCUCCCAAGACACAGCAGGCGGCACAGCACCACAAUCACAGUACGCCUCAUCACCAGAAGCAGAAGAAGCCUGGCUCCGCUCCUUCCGCCACUUCGCCGCCUCGACCUUUCAGCGCGUCACCUCACAUAGCCUAACAUCCACCCUCUGCCUCCUCUCGGCCGCAAUAAAGGAUGGCCAGCCCCUACCACCAUACUUCAAGCCGCCGAAACCGCUUGCCUCGACCGCGUUUCCGGACAUGAUUGACCAGGGUGGGAGGAAGGUCAAGACGGUCUCGAGAGAGGGCAGGGAGGAAGAAGAAGAUUUACUGGAUAUUCAGCAUGUCAGUCAUCCGGCGUUCGCGGCGUUUGCGGUGGGAGAGGUGGCGAGUGCUUUUGUGAGUGCAGAGCUGAGGAGGGUGGUGAGGGAGGUCAGGGGUUUGGUUGGGGAGGUUGACUUUAGCUUCCAUGUUGUCGGCACGGAGCAUGACGACGAAGAAGGCGAGGGCAAGCCGAAAUGGUGGGAAGCGAUGGAGGGGAAAGAGAAGCAUGCUUGA